GUCUAGGGAGGAGGGUGAGGGUGAGCAAGGUGUGGGAGCGGGAAAAUGGCAUUUCCCAUGUUCAGGGCCUCAGUUUCUCAGUCUCAGAUUCAACCACUCUUUCAUUACUUAUCUGCCACCCCUUCACGUGUAGAUGAAACUAAUAGGAGGAGGAAGAUGGUCCUUUCUUGUUCUCAUUCCGAAAUUAAUUCAACUCGGUCAGAGGUGUCAUUUUCUGUUGGGACUUGCCUCAUUCCACAUCCAAAGAAGGUUGACAGAGGUGGGGAAGAUGCUUUCUUUGUAAGCGACUAUAAUGGGGGAGUUAUUGCUGUUGCUGAUGGCGUCUCUGGCUGGGCUGAAGAGGACGUGGAUCCCUCACUAUUCCCUCGUGAAUUUCUGGCUUAUGCUUCCAGUUUUGUUGGGGAUGAGGAGGUGAACUAUGAUCCUCAGAAUCUUAUAGGGAAAGCACAUGCUGCAACUUCCUCUAUAGGAUCAGCUACUGUCAUCGUUGCUAUGCUGGAGAAGAAUGGGACUCUGAAGAUUGCCAAUGUUGGGGAUUGUGGAUUAAGAAUUAUUCGCAGCGGUCACGUAAUCUUUGCCACAUCUCCUCAAGAACAUUACUUUGACUGUCCAUUUCAACUGAGCUCUCAGAUGGCUGGCCAAACAUGCCUUGAUGCAGUGGUGAGUAAGGUGGAGCUGAUCGAAGGAGAUACAAUUAUCAUGGGAUCCGAUGGGCUCUUUGAUAAUGUUUUUGACCACGAAAUGGUCUCAAUUAUUGCUAGUUGCACAGAUGUUUCUGAGGCUGCAAAGGCAUUAGCUAACUUGGCAAGCAAUCAUGCAAAGGAUUCAAAUUUUGAUUCCCCCUAUUCAAUAGAAGCUAGAUCCAGGGGCAUUGAAGUUCCAUUUUGGAAGAAGAUUCUUGGAAUGAAGCUUAUAGGUGGAAAGGUAGAUGAUAUCACUGUAAUUGUUGGGCAGGUUGUGAGUUCGUGAGAUUUUCUGAUCCCUGAGGAUGACGAAGAAUUUGUUCUACUCAGGAGUUAAAGUGAAGCUCUCAUUGGAGCAUAGAUUUUUCUUUUCUUCUUUGUUGAAAGUCUAAAGUAGAAGAAACCUUGGAGACCCGAAUUGUUGAGAGCUGGCGUACUAUGAACACUUGAAUUUUAUUUUCAUUGAAAUGAAGAACACAUUUAAUUAAUUAAAAA